UCGAUCAUACUGCACACGGAGGGUGCAACGAAAGGUCCGAUCGGCUAGAGUAACCGAAGAGCCACAACGGAUGACACGAGGGAUACACGUCUUAUGAGAUGCAUUUGCGAGCCGAGAAAGAAUUUAAAAGGCACUUUCAGUCAAUUGUGUUGCUCAUUUCCUCUCCCUUCAACCUACAUCAUUGCUAAUCAGCAACCACGCUCCACCAUGUCUCACGGAAAAAAAGUCGUUCUUGUUACUGGUUGCACCACCGGCGGUAUUGGCUAUGAAACCGCCAAAGCGUUCGAAAGGAGCGGUUGCCGAGUGUACGCUGCUGCCAGACGCCUUGACGCUAUCACAGGGAUUGAGAGUCUGGAUAUCGAGAAGGUCUAUAUUGAUGUUCUCGAUGAAAAGUCGGUCAAGGAGGCCGUCAAUCAUAUCAUCGAGAAAGAAGGCCGCAUCGAUAUCUUGUUCAACAAUGCCGGCAUGGGUCUCGCCUGCCCCUUGAUCGACAUGUCUCUUGAAACUACGCGAAAGUUGCUGGAUACAAACGUCACUUCGGUUGUUCUAAUGUCCAAGGAAGUCGCACCGCACAUGAUCCGUCAAGGAUCCGGUCUGAUAGUGAAUGUGGGCUCGGUUACUGCUUACCUCGCGACACCAUGGGGCGGUCUCUAUGCUGCCAGUAAAGCGGCCGUGCACUCGUUGUCGGAUGCGCUGCGUAUGGAACUAAUGCCCUUUGGAGUCAAUGUCACAGUCGUGUCGCCCGGAGCGAUCAAGUCCAACAUUGGUGAUAACAACCUCAAGGCUUUCCACCUUCCUGAGAACUCUGUCUACCAGUCCGUUCUCAAAUAUGUUUUGAUGCGAGCCAACGCGUCCCAGGAACCUGGUUGCACGCCUACUGCAAAGUUCGCCAAACAUGUGGUUGGCAAGUGUCUGAAGUCUUCGCCUCCUCGCUACAUCGACUAUGGCACGCUUUCAAACCUCUUCCGAUUUAUUCGCUACAUGCCAAGGGCGAUCUCUGAAAUGAUCUUUUACAAGCGAUUUGGAUUACUGGUGCUGAAAAAGUAUGUCAAGGACGGCAAUGCAGGAGCGAAGGUCUUGAAGAACUAAGCAAAAGAAGCAGCAGUGAGUUGGAGAUAAUUAUAUUGAAUAAAAAAAAAGAAAAAAGUCUACGCGU